ACGGUCCAUGUGAUCUGAAAAUCUGCUAGUGUGAGUUUCAACUUUCAAGAGUUUCUCUUCCAUCUUUUUCUUCCCCAUAAUUCAUGCACCAAAAUACGAUUGAUUGGCAUAUCUCAAUUCUUCUUCUUCAUUCAAAAGUCAAAACAAAACUCCCCUUCAGAUAUUUUUCAUACUCUCUGUUUUUGCUUCUCAAGUGCUCACUCUCUCAACAAGACAUCUGAAGAUUAAGAAUUGUAAGGCAUAUUGCUGAAAGUGUGCCACAUGGGAUAGGAGUCAAUCUUUACUGAAAAAGAUAGUCUUUGAGGCAGAACUAGUCGAAUUAAUCAGUAUGGAAUCAGAAAAGGGUAUGAUUGAACAUUCAUUUGAUUGUUACUCAGCAGGGUUCCAAGAAUCUCUUGAUGAUUUGUCCGAUAAUUUCACGAUUACUGAUCCUUACAUUUCUGGUAACCCCAUUGUGUAUGCUUCAAAGGGGUUCUUGGAAAUGUUUGGAUAUUCAAAGUAUGAGGUGAUUGGGAGGAAUGGCAGGAUAUUUCAGGGUCCUAAGACUAAUAGAAGAUCGGUUAUGGAGAUUCGUGAGGCAAUUCGAGAGGAAAGGACUAUACAAAUCAGCUUGUUAAAUUAUAGGAAAGAUGGGACACCAUUUUGGAUGUUGUUUCAUAUGUGUCCUGUUUUUGGUGAGAAGGAUGGGAGUUUGAUUCAUUUUUUGGGAGUUCAAGUCCCUAUCUUGAGGAGAGCAAAGCAAUCUAGAGUUGGAAUCAUGGAGAAUGGAGUAAAUUUAUGUCAAGAUGGAGCUGGCUGUCGAGAGUCUGUGUUAAGGUGUUAUAGGAAGGAAGAAUAUUACAAUUCAAUCAUGAAAUUUGAACGGGAACUAUCUCUUGCUUCAGGUUCAGGUUCAGGUUCAGAUUUGACAGGAGUAGAUGUUGAGGGGCCUUGUGAUGCAAGUGAUCUAGAGAAGAGAAAAGCCACUGCUUCUGUUAACAACAUACAGACUGUGCUAACACGCUACAGUGAAUCAACAGGCAGACCGGUCGAUGGGAACCAAUGCUCUCCGUCUGGGAUGGGUCUGCUCAGAGCGUCCUUAAAUAGAUCUCUUGGUAGAAUCAAACAAAGCUUUGUACUAACUGAUGCAAACUUACCUGAUAUGCCAAUUGUCUAUGCAAGUGAUUCCUUCCUAAAUUUAACAGGCUUUUCCAGAGACGAAGUGUUGGGCCAUACAUAUGCAAGCACACAAUUUCGGAUAAAAGAAUGCAUCCAAAACGAACAACCAUGUAACCUACGCAUGUUAAAUUACAGAAAAGACGGAACCUCAUUUUGGCUUCACAUAUCACCAGUCCGGAAUGCUUCAGGAAAGGUUGCAUACUUGGUUGCUGUUGAGAGUGAAGAUAAUAGCGAGACUAAGGAGAAAAAGGGGUUAAGGCAGCAUGGCGUUGUUGCUGCUGUAAAAGUUGCUGUGAGAGGCUUUUCAAUGGGUGUGAGCACAUGCUAGUACUUGAACAAACUCGGCCUUUACUUUUGCGCUAUUAAUCACCAUGGAGUCUGUUAGCGCCAGAGGAAAUGCAUACUAGCACAAUAUUUUGGAUUUGUUGUUCCUUGUGAUGAAGAGGCAACUUUUAUAUGUUCAGAUACCUGAAUCUAGAGCCAGAUUUACAGUGUAAUAUAUAGGUAGCUUUUGUCUAGGCCUUUUAUAUGUAUCAAGAAAUCCACUAGGAACCUAUAAAUAAACAUCUAUAAUACGUAAUUUCAAUAUUUAGACGCUUGGAAUUUAAUGAAUCGUAUAUAUUCAUUUUA